AUGAGAGGAAGAGUUCGUGUUCUUGAUGAGUUAGUGUCUGCAAAUCCUGAAUCUCUUGAAGAAGUCACUGCUCGUGGAGAGACAGUGCUUCAUCUUGCGGUUAGAUUCUGUCAGUUCGAUGGAUUCGUUGCUUUAUUGGAACAUCUCAAGGAGUUCGAUAAGCUCUGUGUGUUGAAUAAGCAAGACAAUAGAGGCAACACGGUGAUUGACUUGUUGCUUAGCUCUAGAGACUUUAAUAACACAAUCCCAAGAGACUUCAUUGAAGUGAACUUUUUAAACGCCAAUGGCUUCACACCUCUUGAUUUGUUACUUAACUUUGGAGGUGAACCAGAAGACACAGAGAUUGAUCAGAUCCUCCGCGAAGCAGGAGCUAUAAGAUCCAGAGAUGACAACACAAGACAAGCAGCAGCAGCAACAAUAACAACAGAGAACGAAACAAGACAAUCAGAAGAAUCUCUGACGACUCACAAGCAAUGGCUAGAUUACUUCAAGAACAAGAAAAACAGAGUUUCACCUAGCGAAAUUCGCAGUGUCUUACUGGUUAUCGCGAUUCUAUAG